CCGCUUCCGAGAUCACGCGAGAGAGGCUCGGCUUCGUUACUGUCCGUCGAUCCUGUCCCCGCGCCCCUUCCUCGCCGUUCCGCCCUGCCCAGUUCCGGGAUCUGCCGCUAGGACGGAAUCUUGGGACCGCCCUUAGCCUCCUGGUGCUCGCCCGGAGGACGGGCUGUAGGUUUGCAGGAACCGUUAUCCCAGGCGGGGUUCCAGACCGACGUCCCGCAGCAGUAGGAUGGCUGAAUUGCUUUUCUGUGAGCCAACAGAACUCUAUAACAUCUUGAAUCAGGUCUCCAAGCUGUCCAGAUUAGCUGAGCCCAACUACCUCUGUUUACUGGAUGUCCGAUCAAAAAGGCAGUAUGACGAGAGCCAUGUGAUCACUGCCCUCAGAGUGAAAAAGACAGAUCAUCAAUACCUCAUCCCAGAGUCUGUAGAUCUGGAGUGUGUGAGGUACUGCAUCGUGUACGACAGCAACACCAGUUCCCUAGAGCUGAGCAUACAGCGGGGGCAGGACGACGAUGAGGAAAAAGAGGACAAGGAGGAGGACACUGAACUCUUACCAGGACCUGCUGUGGAAUUUGGACAAAUCCUCAUCCAUUUUACCCGCCAACCUGUCUAUAUCCUCAGAGGGGGCUAUGAGUGCUUCUCUGGCAUGUACCACUUCUUCCGGACCCAGAAGAUCAUCUGGAUGCCCCAGGAACUGGAUGCCUUCCAGCCUUAUCCAAUUGAGAUACUUCCAGGCAGAAUCUUCCUGGGCAAAAUCAGUCAAGCCUGCAAUGCCAAGAUGCACAAGGACUUGAAAAUUAAAGCACAUGUCAAUAUCUCCAUGGAGACAACACCCUACUUUGUAGGCAAUGUAGACAAGCUCUUGCAUAUCAAGCUUGAAGAUACUCCAGACGCCGUCCUUUUUACCUAUUUCCGCCACAUCUGUCACUUUAUGGAGCUUCACCUCAGGCUUCACUCUGUCAUUCUGGUCUUCUCCACCCAGGGCAUCAGCCGCAGCGUUGCUGCUGUGGUGGCCUUCCUCAUGCAUUACAAUGAGGAGACCCUGAAGAGGUCCUGGGCCCAUGUGAAGAAAUGCAAAACCAACAUGCGUCCGAAUCGGGCCUUGGUGACUCAGCUGCUGGAAUGGGAGAGAGCCCUCCAUGGGGAAUAUCUCACAGACAUCUCUGAGCCUAUCUACUGACCUUUGCCUGUGACCCAGCCAUGGUCACUGAGGAGUCUCGGGACUUUUGGGGGCUGACGGGCUGGGUUUGCACUUGGAGUGGUCCUGAAGAAGGCCUUUGCUGCCUGGAGAGUCAUAUCUACAUCUUAAGACUGGCUCUGUUGUUGUUGUUUUUCCCCAAUACUGAGGAUUGAA